UCCUCAUUGUUGCAAUAAAUGAGAACUUCAGUGCGGGAGAGAGAAAGUUCGCACUUUUUGUAGAGUUGUCACUUGAAAGAAGACAGAGAGAGAGAGAGAGAGAACGAGAGAGAGAGUGAGAGAGAAAGAAAGAGAGUAUGGAGGGUAUAGAAGAGGAGGCAAACGGAGAAGAGGAGGUUCUGGGGUCGAGUUUGACGAUGGAGAAGGUGGCCGCAGCGAAGCAGUACAUAGAGAAUCAUUACAGAGCUCAGAGGAAGAACAUUCAAGAGCGCAAAGAGAGAAGAUGGAUCUUAGAAAGAAAAUUGGCUUCUUCUGAUGUGCCCAAGGAGCAAAAGAUGAAUAUGAUCAAAGAUUUAGAGCGAAAAGAGACAGAGUUUAUGCGACUAAAAAGGCACAAGAUAUGUGUAGAUGAUUUUGAGCUUUUGACAAUCAUUGGAAGGGGGGCCUAUGGUGAGGUUCGUUUAUGUAGAGAAAAGAAAUCUGGCAACAUUUAUGCAAUGAAGAAGUUAAAGAAAUCUGAAAUGCUCAUGAGAGGACAGGUGGAACAUGUUAGAGCUGAGAGAAACUUGCUGGCUGAAGUUGCAAGCCACUUCAUAGUGAAACUGUAUUACUCAUUUCAGGAUGCUGAGUACUUAUAUUUAAUUAUGGAAUAUCUUCCUGGUGGUGAUAUGAUGACUCUACUUAUGAGAGAGGACACCUUAAGUGAAAAUGUGGCUAGAUUUUACAUUGCUCAAAGUGUCUUGGCUAUUGAGUCUAUUCACAAACAUAACUACAUUCACAGAGAUAUUAAACCUGACAACCUUCUUUUGGACAAAUAUGGUCACAUGAAGCUCUCGGAUUUUGGCCUCUGUAAGCCUCUUGAUUGUAUAACGUUAUGUGCGAUUCAUGAAGAUAAGACUAUUGAUGAUGAAACUAUGAUGGAACCCAUGGAUGUUGAUGGGCGUUUUCCUGAUGCGGAUAAGAAGAGUAGUUGGAGGAGCCCCCUUGAACAGCUUCAGCAUUGGCAGAUGAACAGGAGGAAACUGGCAUUUUCAACUGUGGGAACACCAGAUUAUAUUGCUCCUGAAGUGUUGCUUAAGAAAGGAUAUGGCAUGGAGUGUGACUGGUGGUCUUUAGGAGCAAUAAUGUAUGAAAUGCUUGUUGGAUACCCUCCAUUUUAUUCUGAUGACCCGAUAGCAACAUGCAGAAAGAUUGUCCAUUGGCGAAAUCACUUGAAAUUUCCAGAAGAUGCAAGGUUGUCUCCUGAGGCAAAGGAUCUCAUUUGUAGGUUGCUUUGCGACGUUGAUCAUAGGCUAGGCACUGGAGGAGCAAAUCAAAUUAAGGCUCAUUCUUGGUUCAAGGACACUAUGUGGGAUAAACUAUAUGAAAUGGAGGCAGCAUUUAAGCCAGAAGUAAAUGGGGAGCUAGAUACACGGAACUUCAUGAAGUUUGAUGAGGUUGAUCCUCCAGUACCUGCAAGAACUGGCUCAGGACCCUCGCGGAAGGUUUGCAACUAUUCAUAUUAUUUGAUGCUUUAGUUUAUAGUAAUCUAUGUUCUUUUUAAUAAAAGUAUAAAAUAUAUUAAUAAGUGCUAAAGAGGUGUCAAUGUGUAUGCAAAAUAUUUACAUAUCUAUCAACAUAUCAAGAAGCUCCCCAAAGUUCUCUAUUCAAUAUAAUGGAUGACCCAAAAUAAAAAACCGAGCAUCGGAACCAUCCAUUCCUAAUCCCAUGAAAGUUUCUCUCAUCCUCUACCCCCUCAAAAGCUCUUCUAUUUCUCUCAUUCCACAAUACCCAAAAAAUAGUGAGGGAAUAAGAUCAAUAUAUUUCCUUUGCCAACUUACGCUCUUCCAUGCCCAUACAUCAUCUCUAACUGACCUAGCCAUCGCCCAAUUGAUACCCAAUAAAUCAUAAGUCAUCGACCAUAGCUUGUAUGCUAUCGGAUGCUAUAAAAGGACAUGAUUAUAUGUCUCAACAGCUCCUUUACACAAGUAGCACCCAUUCACCAUUAUUAUUUCCCUUCUCAUCAAUUUUAUUAAUCGUCAGAAUGCAACCCCUACUAGCUUCCCAAGCAAAGAAAGCCACCUUGGGAGGAGUGUUAGCCUUCCAUAUAUAUCUAAAAGGAAACUUACUGUCAUCAUUUUCCUGCUUGGUCAAAUGCUUGUAAAAGGAUUUGACCGUAAAAGAUCGAGAUUUAGUAAGACUCCAUAUGGAUUGAUCGUCGGUACCAUCUGGGACAAUGCAAGAUAAGGUAUAUAGGAGCUUCUCAUAUUCGUUGAUCUCCCAAUCAUUGAGGUUUAUAGUAAUUUGACUUUGAUUAGAGUUAGAGUGGCUUGUAUUUAUCACAACUAGUGACAUUCAAAACUUUCACGAAGACAACUUGACGCGGAAGGGUAUGGGAAGAAUUGAAUCAACUCCUAUAACUCACUCAACGUUAUGCAAUAUCGAAACUUUAACCGCGUAGAUAAACUUCUCUUUUUAAUUGAAUAUACAAUGCUAAAA